AUGAGCGCCGAGGUAGCAGGUACUGCCUCCGCUCCUCAUGAUCCUGCACAGUCUGAGGUAGCCGUCCAAGGGUCCGUGGAGCCCGACACGAACCCUGACGAUGACUUUGAUGACGGAUAUGGCGGAUCCGAUACCGCUUCCUCGACCGCUUCGCUCAGAAGCUCGAUCAUGAAAUACCAAUAUGAGAACGGCAGACGAUAUCACAGCUAUCAAGAAGGCCAAUAUGUUAUUCCCAAUGAUGAGCGUGAACAAGAUCGAAUGGAUGUUGGCUACCACAUUUUCAAGAUGAUGCUAGGUGGUGAUCUACAUGAAGCGCCAAUACCGGAGACCACGUCUAGAAUCCUGGACUUGGGGACUGGAACAGGAGCCUGGGCAAUCGAGAUGGCCGACCGAAUGCCCCAAACCACUGUCAUUGGCGUCGACCUAUCUCCUAUUCAACCCACCCUAGUGCCACCGAAUUGUCAUUUCGAGAUCUUCGACUUCGAGACUGAGUGGAACUUCUCGCAACCAUUUGACUUUAUUCACGCCCGGAACACAGAAGGCUCAACCCGCGACCACAGGCGCCUCUUCGCGCAGAGUCUCGCCCAUCUGAAGCCUGGUGGCUACAUUGAAGCCGCAGAAGCCACCGUUGGGGUGUGGUGCGACGACGACACCGUAACCCUUGCGCCCAACCUUAUCGAGUGGCAGAAUCAUCUCCUUGAGGCGUCGGGCAAGUUCGGAAAGCCGAUGGGCGUUGCAGGCAACUAUAAGACCUGGCUCGAGGAGGCUGGAUUCGUGGAUGUGAAGGAGAACGUCUAUAAGCUACCAUUCUCACCCUGGCCCAAAUCAGUACCUCUCAAACAACUGGGACGGUACCAGCAGCACUUAAUGCUUGAGGCACUAGACGCAUACUCGCUCGCACUCUUCACCCGCGUGCUAGGAUGGGAACCCGAGCGCGUGCAUGUCUUGCUGGCGGGAGUGAGGAAAGAGUUGGAAAACAAAGAUCGAGCUAUCCAUUGUUAUGGACGUGUGUAUUUCGUCAAUGGCCGGAAACCCUCGUGA